AUGGGCUCUGUUCGCUGGGCUUUUCGCUGUGGAUCAUGGACACCGAGCAAGUCUGAGUGGCUGUUUGCUGCUCGCUGUGUUCAGCGGGAGGAGAAAGAAAGGAUCGGGCAGUUUGUGUUUGCUAAGGAUGCUAAAUCAGCAAUGGUGAGGUUUGAAUGACAACUUUUGCUCUUUUACCUUCAUGAUCACUUUGUGUGUCCUCAUCAAGAUCUCUAGUGGUGUAGGGGAGAGUGGGGUAAGUUGAGCCACUCCCUGUUGCUUGGAAAUGAAAUGAGAAAUUGAUCAUGUGACCAAAUACUUAGGAGAUGGGCAUCAUGUAAGUCAAAAAUUUCAAGUCAAAGUCAAAUUUAUUGUCAAAUUCAACUUUUUCUUUUUUAUUUCUUAUUUCAAUGGCACUUUUCAGGCAAGAAAUGCAAUUCAAAAACAACAAUUAACAACAAUAAAACCCGACCCUCCCACCCACCCAUGGACCCACACACACUCACUCACCCACACAUGCGCACACACAAGCAUACGCAGUGUGAGAAUUUAAGAUAUAUUGUUAAAGAGACAUGGCCUGACACUGAGACAUUACGUGAGGAAAGAGCUACCUUUGGGAAACUAUAAGAAUAUAAGAAUAAAAGUAUAAACAUAAGAAUAAACAACUAAGACAAAAGACUACCUUAAAAACUCUCAAUUUGCAAAAUAAAGAUAACAAUAUAAACAGCAGUAAACAGUAUGUGCUCUUUUUCUUUGGUAGUAGGGAUACCGCUCAACUUACCCCUUGUAUGGGGUAAGUUGACCAUAGGAGACCACUUUUUUUUGUCGUGCUAUGUUAUCAAGACAGUUAUGUUUACACUCAUUCUGUUGGUUUGCAAGGAUAAACAACAUCUUGAAAUAUAUGCAGAGACACUAGUUAGAGACAAAAGUAUGAUUGCCUUGAUGUAGUGAUCCGAAAUAUGAUAAAUGGCUCAUCUUACCCCACUCUCCCCUACUGCACUGUUUCACUUACUGUUUUUGUGUUUCCCCCAUCAGGCUGGCAGGUUGCUGCUGAGGAGAUUUGUGUGUGAGAGGAUGGGGAUCCCUUGGUCAGAGAUCAGGCUCGAGAGAUCCCCCAGAGGAAAACCUUACCUAGCAGCCCCACUGAAGGUUCAUGUCAUGACUGAAGUAUUUCCAGAUAAUAAAAAAAUUCUAUUCUGCAUGAUUGUUAUCCUGAUUCUGUGUCCAGGUUGGUUCUGGUUCUGCCCCCGAGCCCCACUCCUGGAGUUUCAACGUGUCACAUCAAGGGGACUAUGCAGUACUCGCAGCAGAGCAGGGGAUGCAGGUGGGGGUGGAUAUCAUGAAGACUGUAAUGCCAGGUAAACCCAGAGGUGUAGCAACACCUUAAAGGGACAUUCUGGCGUAAAAUUAAUUUAGGGUCAAACACACCGUAACGAUCCGAGUUAGACACUCCCUCGAGAGAUGAAUGUUGCAGACUGCUUGCUUCUCUAGUUAUACCAACUUUAGUAACGACCGCACCAUUGCAAUACACAGUGGUCUGAGGAGCCAUAAACAAACCUCAACACGCUACUCUAUAGUCACAAAUAAUGCUCAGAACAGCACCUACCUUCAUCAACAGUACAUAGAGGGUUCCAACCAUAGUACUAGCCACCAAACAUCUUUUUUAACUUUGCCUGAUUUCUUUGGCAAACAGACUAAACACAACUCACCCACUCUCCUCCAGCGGCCUCCUCAAGACCCUAAAUUAAUUUUAUGCCUGAAUAUCCCUUUAAGUCGGCAUUGGAUACACAUCACUGAUGUUGUAACAGAUCGAUAUUUAUUAACAAUGGGGAUAAAAUGAAAUCACAGCAAACCAGACUUCUCUGACUAUAUUAUUCAGUCAGUUUUUCUAGAUGUCCUGUGAGACCUGUCAAUAGUCGAGGCACAUAAACUCAGGCAUGCCCAGCUAUUGUUUGGUUUAGAGCAGAACAUAUUUUUAGAUUUAAGGACCAUUUAACCUCCUAUAACUCUGUUUACUCACUGCAGCAUAUAGAAGUCAUUGUGUGUAUGUAAUCUCAAAGUUGGCCUCAAGGGUUCACUGUUGCACUAUUAAUGUAAAAAGUCAAGGCAAAGGCUGCACUGUUGAGGAGGUGAGUGUGUACAAGUGUGAGUGUAUGUUUAAAUUAAAUCUUUGGUGUUAAUAUGAUGUGUUUGAGGAAAGAAACAGUCGACACUGAUCUUUACAAACUGAGUACAUUCAGAUAUUCUCUGCUGUAACUAUGACACCCUGACAUCUGCCACCAUCUUCCUCUCACCUCACUAUGCUUCCUCUUCCCCUUCCUCAUGUCCUUUCCUUCCAUCCUUGUCUUUCAACACUGCCUGUAUCACCCCCCUUCGUUCUUUUUGCCCUCACACCUCUCCUCUCCUCUCUUCUCCCACCCUCCUUCCCUCCCUCCCUUUCUGUCUAUCUUUCCCCUCCAGGUAGCAGCUCAGUGCCAGAGUUUUUCCGCAUCAUGACUCGUCAGUUUACAGCGUACGAGUGGAGCGUCAUCCAAUCAGCUGGCUCGGAGCAACAGCAGCUCGCUGCGUUCUACCGCCACUGGGUAACCAUGGCAACCAUACUACCCUGCCGUCACAUUGCAUUGCUUGGCCCCACAAGCAGUGUGUUUUUCCCCUGUUUUUUUGCGCAUGUGUGUGAGGGGAAUGUAGGAAGAAAAAAACAGUACUGAUAUCCUUUGAGACACACACACACACACACGACUGUUACAUUUUGCACACACUUGUGUUAACUGUGGACUUUUCUCCUCAGUUUUUCUUUUUUCAUUUUUAUCACAUUCUGUCCUUCUGUCUCAGUGUUAUCCCUCACAGAUACAUAAUAGGUCUUUAUUUUUCGUUCUCAGCUCUUGUCCUUUUUGUCUCAUAGAUUUUCUCCCUUGCCAAUGCACACAAAUACAUACACACACACACACACUCACAGACACACACAUACACACAGAUGGGCAGCAACAGAAAUGGUGGUGCCAAGUAAAGAUGUGAAACUGAGAAGGUGGCACAGGGACGUCAAGCUCUGAUAUCAUCACAACACUGUUGACUAAUGGUAGAGUUCAGCGGUUGCCAUGGCGAUUAGCCCUGUAACACUGUCGUUGUGGCUCAUUGGCUGCUGAGGAAGGUUUUGACUAAACACACACACACAUGCAUAGUAUCUCUCCCAUACACACAUUUAAGUGAAUACAUGGGUGCACAGUUUCCGAUCUGUUGGGGUUUUAACUUAUUUUGCUGCUGAGCCAAAAUACACACACACUAUAACACACACUGCCCUUAGCUUUGCCAGACAUAGAAAUGUCCUUUAUCAGUUUGUGAUGAUUUUAAACAUGUCAUUAUUAAAGACUGUAUACAGAUUCAUACUGGGACAAGCACUCAGGAUUAGGAGUUGUGCGGGCUUUUUGAGACAGACUUCCUUCUCUUCCCUCUUGCAGAAUAUUAGUGCACAUGAAACAGACCAAUGCCACUAACAACAGCUUAGUGCAAUACAUGUUUCGAAACUUAAUGCAAGUUUUGCUGCAUCAAUCCAUCCAUCCGUCCUUCCUUCCUUGCUUUCUUCCUUGAUUUCUUCCUGAGUCUCACGGUCUAAAGUCACCAAUCACUCUGUGAGAGAAGAAGCACAGUAUUAUUUGACUCAUCAAAAGACACCUUUCACAAAACAUGCUUCUGUAGUCAAAUAUAACCCAGGCCAAAUUACAUCCAUUGAGUGUAAUAUGCAUGUUUUUUCAUCUGGACUAAGUAAACACCUCCUUCUCUCUUUUCUCUCUGGUCUACAAAUACCACCAUCCAUACAGCUAACAUAUUUCCCUAAAUCCCUGAUUCUUUCUCUUAAUCAGAGGAUUAGUUUAGGACAAUCAGCUGUUCAGCAGAUCAGGACAACCAAACCUUUUAGCUGUAAUUAUUGUAGAGUGGCCGGUUUCAUCAUGAAAGAAACAUUAUGUAGAACUUUAAGCCUACAUAAUGCUUUGAGUCAAUUUGUAUUGUUCAACAAUAAGGGGUUUCCUGUGGUUGAUCACCGACUCACCUGUUUGUGUGUUGCCUCAAUCAUUUGAUUGAUUUUUGAACACUUGGCAGCAUUUCCUGCAUGGACCUGUUUUCCUGGGGUACUCAGUUACUCUGUUAAUGAGGUGCAGACACAUCAGUUACGCUCUUGCUCCUUCAAAAUAAGAGCUCUCUGCAGUGCAAACAAAACCACACAAACUGAGACAGGACUGCACCAUCUUCUCACUCCACCUGUUUGCACCUACUGGCCUUGGUUACACAUCAUGUGUGCACUUGUCACAGUUUGCCUUGUGUGUACGGAUGGGCACACAUAGGUAGGACUCCUAAAAAAUAAGGGGCUGGCCACUGGGAAACUUCCUAGUCCUCCCUAUGGUCAGUCCAGCCCUGACUGUGUUAAUAAGAGGACAGCAUGACCGCUCCCCAAAAGUAAAGCCAAACACUUAGCGCUCCCACUGACUGAAUAUACUGUAAAAGGAGGUGGAGACACUCAGUCUGUCUUUAUAACCAUUCAGGAGUCAUGACUCUGCUUCCUCUUUUGCCACACAGGCCCUGAAGGAGAGCUUCAUCAAAGCCAUAGGCACAGGCUUAGGCUUCAACCUACAGAGGGUAGAGUUUCACCUCUCUGCUGACCCACUCUCACAGGACCGGGCACUGCGCCAGACCAAGAUGUACCUGGAUGAUGAAGAAGAGGAGGACUGGAUGUUUGAAGUGAGUAUGUUUGAAAACAGGUGUUUAAAGUGAGAGAGGAACAAAACAACAAGAUUAGUUUUCAGAGUAGACGUUGAAAAUGUACAAAUAUAUCGCAGACAGAUUGUUGUGUACACGACACUGUGCAGUUUAUAACAAAAGGUUUUAUUGCUUUGGAGGAAGUUUGUUGUGAACAUAUAGAAAAAAAUGAUGAAUACCGUUUAAUUUUGUGUAAUAGCCAAGAAUUUCAUUGCGUGUUUCAAGUCGUUCUUUCUUAAUUUGUUUUUUAAAAGUUUAAUCUUUGUUUCUACUGUAUAGUACAUGGACAUUGUCUCACUUACAUUUGUUUCUGAAGGGGAGUUUUGAAGCUACAGCAAGAAGACAACUAGCUUAGCAGAGAGAUGACAAAAUAGUAGGUACACACAGUCUUGGGCGAGCAAAUCUAUUUAUCUAAUUUGUCUUAUCCCAGCUGGUCCUUAUUGGUUGCUUGGCAACCAGACGGUAAUAAUAAGUCUUCAGGAGGUCGUCUGAAAAAUAGUCCUUCACCUCCCCCAUUAAAUCACAACUUGACCUGAUUUACAGUCAUUUUGAGAAAAAAGUGAAAUAGAGCAGGUCUAUAUAUAUAUGAUGAACUAUUCCCUCUAGAAGACCGUGUUUAAAGUAGAUAUAAAAAAGAAUAUAUGACAGAUAACAAUUCUCAACGUAUUCAUUGUUAUACUUAGAAUAGUAUGAUAAAGGAUGUUGCUUGUUAUGCAUCUUGUAGCAGUGUUUGUGAAAUGAACAGACAGAAAACCAUAAACUUGAAAGCAGGGGUUGAAAGGAUGUGACAUAUCUAUGGUGGGAUUGUCCACGCUUCAUUCCCUCAUGGCAGCUUCAUUCCCCCUUAAAAGCAGCUACGAAAUAAAUCACAGGUGAGCAUACAGAGAAAUACACACAGGAGAUUGCAACUGGGGUGCUCUCAAGUGGCCCUUAACCCCCCUAACACUGUGACAAGAGAUUAGAGGAGCAUCGGGGCAGAACACUCAUCUGUUUGCUUCACUCCUCUCCGUUGCAAUUUCCAUUUCAGCUCCUCUUUUCUCCUCAUCUGAGCUCCUUGUCCUCUUGUGGUCUUAUCUCCUCACCUCCAAUCCAGCUCUUCUCCACUUCUUAGCUUUGAUACGUUCCCCAUUAUCUUUCUCCGUUUCCAUGUACCUGCUCUCUCCUUGCUCCUCUCCAUUUGUGUUUUUCUUCUCCACUCUCCUCCUCUCAUCACUCUUUCCUUCAUGCCCAGUGGCGGAGAGAUUAACAAGUGACUGCUAAAAGGUUACCACAGCUUUGAAAAGCCUGAUGUUACAUCUCCUCUCUCUGAGCCUCUCAGAUUGUGAAGCUUUAAUGCUGUUUCAGUGCCUGUGUUUUCACACCAGAGAAUAACAGCUCGCCAUUAUCGAUUGCAGGGAGAUGGCAAUACAUUUUUUUGCCUCAUUUUUUCAGGAGAACUCAAGUAUAUACAUAAUUUUUGAGCGUUUAGGUGUAAAUUUGUUAUAGAAUACCUUAAGUGAAAUAAACUAAGAAGAAAGAUGGGAAUCUCUUCUGUUAUCAAACUGAAAAAUUCUCUGCAGAUGCCAGAUUUCCCUUCUUGGGUCAAUAAAGUUCUUAUUUUAUCUUAUCUUAUUUUUGCUUAUAACAUCUUCUACAGUAAAAUAAUGCAGUUAUUUUUCCCAUUCAGUCAUAUAAAAAAAGCACCAAAGCACAUGAAAAAAAGAUCUAUAGCCACAUUUUAAACUAAAUGUUGCCAAUAGAAAAUAGAGAAGGACAGCCACGGCUGCUGAUCUACAUUGAAAUAAUAUAAAAGAAGAAAGAGAUGAAAAAUUUACUAAAGUCGUAGAAGUGAAAUCUACCUUAUCGACCAAAUGAAAACCAAAUCCAUCCUGCUUUUUUACAUAGGGCACUUAAAAAUAAAACAAGCAUAUUGAUUAAGAAUAGGUAAGUGGGUGUUUUUAAUAACUUUCACUGUUAUGAAAUAAAAAUCGAUCACUUGUGUAAAUGGAGCGCUCAAGUUGGUACAGAGAUGGAGAGCACAGAUCUGCAUGUACCAUGUUAAGCUGUUUGGCAUGAUCUAUUGAAAGCAGCUCUAUAUUACAUAUUUCUGUGCUAUAAGCAGGCUGAGACUUCUGGCUUCUUACCUAACGUGCUCAGGUCAGCUGAUCAGAGAUAAAGCUUUUGAUUGGUCAACGGACUAAAAGAAACCACAAGCCUCUGUCUGGUAGAGUCGUCUCACAACACAAAUUACACUAUUUUAUUCAAAUGUGUCCAUAAACCAUCACAGAUCACCUUGAGUUUCGAGGGACUGGAUUUAGACAGUCUCACACUUUCAGAUGUAUUGCGAUGAAUGAAAAACCGUCUUACAGCUUAGAUAGAGACGUAGACAUGGCCCCUCUCUAACACACCUAAGUGUGUUGUUGCUAUUUUAGUGCAUAAGUCUCGUGACCUCCCUGUGUGUUAUAAGAAAGAAGUGACACGCAUCAUUAUUUGUGAUUAGUGAAUGAUUGCAGUGACCCCAAGAGGUCACUGCAAUCUCGCUCAAAGCUCAGAAUGUUAAGAGAGAGUUGAGAGGAGCAGCGUGGCUGUUGACCGUGUGUCCUCUGGCUCACUGUUGGUUUGCUGGAUCAGAGAGCAGCUUUGAGACUUAUUACUUCCUGCUGACCUCUGGCGAUGUUCUCACCGCAGCCUCACGAUGAGGAAGCACACAUAAUGAUAAGAGAGCACCUGAAAAAUGGGCUUCACACUAAUGUAUGACAGCUUGAUGUUUACUGCCUGUAUGUUUACAUGAGUCUGUCUUUCUGCAGGAGAGCUUGCUAGGUGCUGAUCAUCACGUCGCUGUAGCUCUUGGACCAGCAGAUAAAUUCUGCUCAGCAGUAAGGAAACAAAACAUUUUCAUGUUCAGUAUUUAAUUCAGGGUGAAUAAAUCAUUUUAAAGAUACUCAGAGGGCCAAUUUACAAUCAUAGGUAUCCCCUUAAUGAAAGUAAUCAGCUAUUUAACCCCAAACCUUCUCCUUCUUGUCUUGGCUUCAGCCGUUUUCUUCAUCUCUUCCUCAUCCAUCAACGUUCACGCUGCUGUCAUUCAGCGACCUCAUCGCCUCAGCUUCGCCUCUGGCAGAAGAAGACCCUGCCUACUGGGACAGCUUUGAGAAGAAGGCUGAAGCCCCUCAGAGACAGAGAGAUACACACACAUCCCACUAA